UCGUUGAAUCAGCAAUCAACCGCAAUGUCCCAGCAACCAAUUGCAAACAUGCCAUAUUUCUGCGGUUAUAUGUCACUAUCGACCGUUCACUUUCCACCGAUAUCUGACACUUCGCAAUCUGACCGCUCUGUCGGCGAAGUUAAAGAUCUUCCAAAAGAAUCACAAAAAUUACCUCAUAAAGUCGGUGUUAUCACACAGCAUAAUCCACAAUACCAUACGCUCAACAAAUGUCCUAUAAAUUAUCAUCAGUGUGAUAAUCAAUAUUGCAUCCCAAGGAUAAAAUGGUGCGACGGCCGUGUCGAUUGCGCCGAUGCUAGCGACGAAACGAGAUGCUCCUGCAGAGAUCGAAUAUCACGAAAUCGACUCUGCGACGGUUAUUUCGAUUGUCCACAUGGAGAGGAUGAGCUCGGUUGUUUUGGUUGCCCAAUGGAAUCUUUCAAUUGCGACGACUGGGACAAGCGGUAUAAUAGCAAUAAUUGCGUAUUACUUUCGCAACGUUGCGAUGGGAUAAAACACUGUCCUAACGGAAAGGACGAGCUCGACUGCAAUAUGCUUCUAGAACAUAUGGGUUCAAAUGAUAUCUUUGCAGUUGGUUAUACUCAAGGAUAUUUACAUAAGAAUGUACGAGGGCAAUGGUAUCCCGUUUGCUCAGAGACAUUAUCUUGGGCGGUGGAUGCUUGCGAAUCGGAAAUUGGUUUGCCGCUAACAACAAUGCCAGAAAUACAAACUGUUCGUAUGUCUGAGAUCUUUCAAAAUCUUUACGUGAUAGAAUCCGACAAUAAUGAUAUAAAGAUGACAUUAUGCCCGGGCACAGCAGUAUUUGUCAAAUGUCCGCCGUUACCUUGCGGCACCAAAGUCUUCCCACGUCAAAACUUGUCUCCCGCUUUCAACACGACAAAGAAUAAUUACAUGUCUAGAAGAUACAUGGAGGAACAAUCCCCCUUAAAAAAUGCGGAAUUUAAUAAGCUGUACCAGGAGACACUGAGGCUUCUGAAGCCAAAUCAGUUCAUGUCCGAGAAGAAAAUGCAAAAGCAGAUCAAUGAUACCUUCGUCGGAUCGCAAUUGCGAGUAGUCGGCGGCCGAACAAGUCAACCUAGAGCUUGGCCUUUCCUGGUCGCUAUUUAUAAAGACGGUUUUUUCCAUUGCGGUGGUGUCAUCUUAAGUGAAGUUUAUAUACUCACCGCAGGCCAUUGUAUGGAUCGAUAUGAAGGGCAUUAUUACGAAAUACAAGCCGGUAUACUCAGACGGUUAUCAUUUUCACCAAUGGCACAGUGGAGAAAAGUGAAAUACGUAAUGGUUCAUCCAAAUUAUGUAAAAGAAGAAAUGCAGAACGAUAUUGCAGUAAUCAUGUUGGACGAAUCUCUUCUUUUCAAUCGAUGGGUUCGCCAGGUUUGCUUGCCAACGUUAAAUACCGCGGGUGCUGAAUGGAAAGCAAGCCCAUCGCCGCAAUCCAUAUGUAUUGCUAUUGGAUGGGGAUCUAUGAGAGAAAAUGGACCAGAUCCGGAUCAUUUGCGAGAAGUAGAAGUGCCGAUUUUAUCAUCGUGUAAGCAUUCGGCUGAUCAGAAUAACGCUACAAUCUGCGCAGGAUAUCCUGCGGGUGGCCAUGAUGCUUGUCAGGGCGAUAGUGGUGGUCCCUUAAUGUGCAGAAAUUUAAAUUUAGAAUCACAAUGGUAUGCGGCGGGUCUAAUCAGUCAUGGUGACGGAUGCGGACGUCCUGAUGAGCCCGGUGUUUACAUGAAAGUGAGUUAUUACGUAGAUUGGAUUCUGCAAACGUUUAAAAUCUUAGAUAAUCAAAUGGCAUCUCUUUAUGAAAAUAAACCCUUAGAUUCGUGUAUAGGAUUUAGCUGUCAUUCGAGCAUAAAAAAGUGUUUGCCAAUAAAGAAUCAUUGCGAUGGAAUUGUAAAUUGUCUAGACGCAGAAGACGAAAUCGAAUGCCAAAUUCUGAAAGCAAAUUAUGCGAGAUACGGGAAUUCCAAUGACAACUUUCCAACUUUCAUAAAAUCACAAGCUAAGGAAGUAUCCAGUGAUACCACAGAAAAAAAUGAAGUAAACACAGAAGCAACUCCUAUUUCUACUUCUUCCUAUUUCUUCUAUCAGACAGAAACGCAGACUUACAAUAACGAAAAUUCAAAUAUCGUAGAUAUCUACGAGACUACGCCUGAAAUAACGAUGUCGAACGUUAGAUCAACAUUUACCUGCACAAAUUUAAUCCAAACUAUAAAAAUCAAUAAAAGGUGCGAUAAACACUUAGACUGCGAGGACGGAACUGAUGAAAAGGACUGUACAUGUAGAGAUUAUCUGUUGAAUUUUCAACCCACAGCGAUUUGCGACGGACAUCUGGAUUGCGACGAUGAAACGGACGAAAAAGAUUGUGGUAUAUGCAAGAAUAACGAGUUUUAUUGCAGUAGGAGUGGGGAUUGCAUUUCGAUAACGAAAAGGUGUGAUGGAAAUUUCGAUUGCUCUCUAAACGAGGACGAGCUUGACUGUAUUGCAUUGACAAACGGGGAAUACGUUAACGUAGAUAGUGAUAAUUGGUCCAUUUUAAACACAGAAGGUUUGCUUAGUAGAUAUUACAACGGAACAUGGCAUGUAGAAUGUCUUCAGGCAGAUAUGUUGGAGAAUAGCACAAAAACGUCGAUAAUAGGAGAAAACUUAUGCAAAUAUCUCGGAUUCACGGGUUUGCAAUCAUUGGAUAAGGCCGUUGUGAACAAAACGAUAUUAGAAACAAAAUUCUCGCGGAAGUGGGACAAUACGACAGGUGAUAAACCUUUACCACAGCAUGUUGCGGAGAGUAAGGGAGGCGAGACGUGUACGACGUUACGGUUUCGCUGUAGACCGGUUUUAAGCAGCAGUGCCGACUCGCAUGUGGUCAUCGAUCCGAGAACUGGAAAUCAUACCUACCUGUGGCCGUGGCUGGCAGCCAUAUUCGUCGACGGCCGUUAUCACUGCUCAGCCUUACUUCUGGAACCAAACUGGCUUUUGUCUAGUUCGAGCUGCACGGAAAUUAUCAGAUUAUCAGUGAAUUAUACGACAGCUCUGCUUGGCCAAAGCCACUCGUUUCUCUACGUGGACGGACCUCAUCAACAGAUAUCGAUCGUUGACGAAAUCAGAGAUGUGGAAAGAACAAAUGUCUCGUUGCUUCACUUAAAAACUGCAGUAAAUUUUACACGUUACGUGCAACCGCUGUUUUUAGAAAAAAAAAUAUAUCCACCGGCAAAAAGCGAUUUAUGUGUAGCAAUCGGUACAGACAACGAAUACGUGACACAAUCGAUCUUUCUUCAACCAAUCCUCCAAAAUUGCGACAAGUGCUAUCGUUGUUUCGUCGAAGCUUUAGGCACUAAAUGUUCGACUAAUGGAACUUCUUCGAAUUGGAACGGUACGGUAUUUUGUCGCAGCGAGAAAGGAUGGUAUCCCGUGGCUGUAUUUCAAGAAAACGACGGCCCAUGCAGCUUCAGAAGCAUGCGGAACUUGACAAGCAUUGAUUACAUCCAUGCUUAUCUCACGCAAACUUUAGAGAAAGUGUCGCAACCAACGCCUGAAGCCGCAUGUGAUGGAGUUCGAUGCAACAUUGGACAAUGCAUUCCUUGGAAUCAGGUAUGCGACGGUGUGAUGGAUUGCCGAGAUGGUGCGGAUGAGAAGAAUGCAAUGUGUUUACAAGUGCAACAGAUUAGAAGAAGAAACGAGACCAAUAAAUGCGCCAAGUCGGAGAUACAAUGCAGAAAUGGUGAGUGUAUUUCGAAGAGCGCAUUUUGUGACGGAAAAGUGGAUUGCUCGAACGGAGUGGAUGAGCCUGUAAUAUGUAGCUGUGCAGAAUAUUUAAAAUUGACUAUGCCAGAACGAUUGUGUGACGGAGUACGACAUUGUCUCGAUAAAACCGACGAAUCGCCAGAAGAAUGUCAAUGUACCAUUACCAGCUUCAAAUGCAAUACAGAAAGCAAAAAUCAUACUUGCAUCUCGCAAGAUUUCGUGUGCGAUGGCGAUAAUGACUGUCCGAAUGGCGAAGACGAAAUGGAUUGUAGAGGAGUACAACAACUCUCAGAUGACAGACCUGCUGCAGGCGAAGUGAUGCAACGCUCUUACGGUGUAUGGCAUACUCUAUGUUAUCCGUCAGAAAUUACGUCACAUGAGGAGGCAGUAAAAGUGUGCAGAAAAAACGGUUACACGAAUGGAAUUAUCGAUUACAAAUAUCAAUCGUUUAAUCAGCCUGCUGUUCCAUCUCGCGAUGAUUUUUACAUGAUACGAUUAAAUUCGGACACGUGGAUAACCAUGCGUAAUGAUAAACCCCUUAUAACUCUGGUCCCACCAGAGAAACCCUGCUAUCGUCUCUUUAUCAAAUGCAGCAAUUAAUAUAAAUGUAUUGCUUACAAAUUAAAUCAAUCAUGUUAAAAUAAUUUCACU